AGGAUCUCGCGCUCAGAUGGAUACCACCAGCAGCAGCAGCAGCCCUGAACUGGCCACAGAUGAGGAUGGAGAGGUGUAUGGACGUCUUGCGCUCGUCCGAGCAGGAAUUUUGGGUUUGGUUUUUGUGUUGGCGACCUGUGGCAACCUUUUCUUCUUAGGGACACUGUGGAAGAAGCGAAAAAGAAACACAAGGACCCAGCUGUUCCUCUCGCACCUGUGCUUGGCAGAUCUGGUGGUGGCUUUUUUCCAAGUGCUACCGCAGUUUUCCAUUGAAAUUACGCACAGGUUCCGAGGCACAGACUUCCUGUGCCGGUCUGUAAAAUACUUGCAGGUGGUUGGGAUGUUUGCCUCCGCGUACAUGAUCGUGGCUAUGACCGUAGACCGGUACCAUGCGGUUUGCAAACCGAUGGUCUCCUUCUUGAAGGGCUCAUUUAGGAGAUACCUCUCCAUAGGCGCAGCGUGGCUUCUCUCUCUCGCUUUCAGCUCCCCUCAGCUCUUCAUCUUCUCGCUCCAGGAGGUGGAGGAGAACCGGUACGACUGCUGGGCGACGUUUAUAGAACCGUGGGGGAGCAGGAUCUACAUCAGUUGGAUCACUGUGUCGGUGUUUGCCCUGCCUGCCGUUAUUAUACUCUAUUGCCAAAUUAGAAUAUGCACAACAAUCUACUUCAACAUGAAGAGAAAGGCGCUGCAGGCCGGGCGCGCAGGCACGAAGGCGGUGUCCAACGCGAUGCUCAAGACUGUGAAAAUGACGUUUGUUAUUAUAAUGGCAUACACAGUGUGUUGGAGCCCAUUCUUUGUUGUACAGUUGUGGUCUGUGUGGAGCCCAAGCAGCGCGCCUACACAAGGUCCAGUGUUUGCCAUCAUCAUGCUGCUGGCCAGUCUCAACAGCUGCACCAACCCCUGGAUUUAUCUCUACUACAGCUAAAUGGUGGAGCGGCAUGAACCAACACUGUUCCAAAUAUUUUAUAUCAAGAGAUCAUACAAGCCAGGGCCUGAUGACCUCCAGAUGGGUCAUGUGACGGAAGAUAUCAAACAUCCAAAAAAACAAAAAUCCAUCAUGGAUCCUAUUGAUUCUGUCUAUUAAGGCUGUUUUAUGAGGACUAAGGUUACAUUUGUAAAAAACUACUAAAGAGGACUGAUAUUUGUUCUAUCUAUUUUAUGAUACAAAUUGUAUCUAGAUUGGUGUCACUAUUGUUGUAUGAGAGUUGUAUUUUGCUAAUUAACUGUCACCUGCUCCAGUGUUCUGAAGAACAUCCAUCAUACAUAAAAGAAAAACACUUAUUUUAUAUAUUUUAGCAGAAUAGUUUGCAGCUAUGAAAUAAGCUGACACAUACACUGCUUAAUGCAUAUUCAAAUAUACCAGCAACAACAUUUGCACAUAAUACAAUACUGUCUUUGAUUCAGUGCCAGAGGGUGACGAGAGAGAAGCAAUUUCAAAAUAGCUAAAAAACAAUCAGUCAAUUUUUAUUCUACACACACUGUACAGAGAAACAGAGC